CAAGGCAGGGUGAGCUAGAGCAGGUUACACAGGAAUGCAUGCAGAAGGGUUUUGAAUGUCUCCAGAGAGGGAGAUUCCACGACCCUCCUGGGCAGCCUGUUCAGUGCUCUGUCACCCUCAGUGUAAAGAAGUUCGUCCUCAUGCUGAGGUGAAACCUCUUGUGAUUUAGUUUAUGGCCAUUGCUCCUUGCCCUGUGGCGGGGCAUCACCAAAAAGAUUGGAAAAGAACGUGGACUUGAGACAUUUCUCUGUACAUGGGACAUUCAUAGCAAAUAUGAAUUCGCCUCUCAAACCAGCCCAGGUCGGUUGUGCGUGUCCCGGGAGCCGUGAGAGCAGUGCGGGGCAGCGCUGCCCGCGGCCGCGCUCGGGCUGCUCCACGCGGCGACAAACCUCUCCCGCCGCACACAUCCUCAUCCCCUGCCGGCCCUGCCCGUCCCGCGGCAGGGGGCCGGUUGCCGGGCGACGCUCGGCCCCUCCUCCGCGGCAGGGCUGGGCCAUGAGACUUCUUGAAGCCAACUCUAGCGAAGACAAGGAGUUCCAUCUGUGCCAGCCAGCCCCAGUCUCCAGUGCUGGUUCCCCUGAUGGCACAUUGUACAAGCCUGUGAAACCUGCCAAGCUGGACGCCACAGCUUUGCACGACUGCACUUUGGCCGCCGCUGUGCCUCCCUCGGAGCUGUCGAACCAUGCAGUCCUAGCCUGCGACACAGGCAUUCACGAGGAGCACUAUGUAAGCGAAGGCGUGGAAGAUGAUGUGCCAGACUGCAGAGAGUACAGAGAUGCCUGCACCAUUACUGAUGUGUGCAAUAGUACCAAUCUUCCUGAAGUUGAAAUCAUCAGUCUCCUGGAAGAGCAGCUGCCUCAUUAUAAGUUAAGAGCAGAUACAAUCUACGGUUAUGACCACGACGACUGGCUUCACACACCUCUCAUCUCCCCUGAUGCGAAUAUUGACUUAACAACUGAGCAAAUAGAAGAGACCUUGAAAUACUUCCUUUUAUGUGCUGAAAGAGUGGGCCAGAUGACUAAAACAUACAAUGACAUAGAUGCUGUAACACGUCUUCUUGAAGAGAAAGAACGGGACUUAGAAUUAGCUGCUCGGAUUGGUCAGUCACUGUUAAAGAAGAAUAAAUCACUGACAGAAAGAAAUGAUUUCCUGGAGGAGCAAGUAGAACACAUCAGAGAAGAGGUUUCUCAGUUGCGGCAUGAGCUGUCCAUGAAAGAUGAACUGCUCCAGUUCUAUACCAGUGCUGCUGAAGAAAGUGAACCAGAGUCCGUCUGUUCCACCCCGCUGAAGAGGAAUGAAUCAUCUUCCUCCGUCCAGAACUACUUUCAUUUGGACUCUCUUCAAAAGAAACUCAAGGACCUUGAAGAGGAAAAUGUUGUGCUUAGAUCUGAGGCCUGUCAGCUGAAGACUGAAACAAUCACUUAUGAAGAGAAAGAACAACAACUUGUCAAUGACUGUGUAAAAGAGCUAAGGGAUGCAAACAUCCAGAUUGCCAAUAUCUCCGAAGAGCUAGCAAAGAAAACAGAAGAUGCUGCCCGGCAGCAAGAAGAAAUCACUCAUCUUCUCUCUCAGAUAGUUGACCUGCAGAAAAAGGCAAAAGCUUGUGCAGUUGAAAAUGAGGAACUUGUCCAGCAUCUGGGAGCAGCUAAAGAUGCCCAGAGACAGCUCACAGCAGAGUUACGAGAGCUGGAAGACAAGUAUGCAGAGUGCAUGGAAAUGCUUCAUGAGGCUCAGGAAGAGCUGAAAAACCUUAGGAACAAGACGAUGCCAAAUGCUAUAUCACGUCGGUACCACUCCCUUGGUCUCUUCCCUAUGGAUUCUUUGGCAGCAGAGAUAGAAGGGUCAAUGAGGAAAGAACUGCAUUUGGAUGAACCCGACUCUCCUGACUUGGCCCAUCAGAAGCGGGUCUUCGAGACAGUGAGAAAUGUCAAUCAAGUUGUCAAGCAGAGAUCCAUGACUCCAUCACCAAUGAAUAUCCCAGGCUCUAACCAGUCCUCUGCUAUGAACUCAGUCAUUUCUAGCUGUGUCAGCACUCCACGUUCCAGUUUCUAUGGGGGAGACAUCUCUAACAUUAUGAUAGACAAUAAGACCAAUAGCAUCAUCUUAGAGACAGAGUCCUCAGACAAUGGAAAUGAAGACAGGAUGAAGAAGCCUGGAACACCAGGGACUCCAGGCUCCAGUGACCUAGAGACUGCCCUGCGUAGGCUCUCCCUCAGGCGGGAGAAUUAUCUCUCGGAGCGCAAGUUCUUUGAGGAAGAGCAGGAAAGGAAGUUGCGGGAACUGGCAGAAAAGGGAGAACUCCACAGUGGUUCCGUUACCCCCACAGAGAGCAUCAUGUCACUGGGAACUCACUCCAGAUUUUCAGAAUUCACUGGAUAUUCAGGAAUGUCUAUCAGCAGUCGCUCCUACCUGCCAGAAAAGCUUCAGAUUGUGAAACCACUAGAAGGUUCUGCCACUUUGCACCACUGGCAACAGCUGGCUCAGCCUCACUUGGGUGGGAUCCUGGACCCGAGGCCCGGGGUUGUCACUAAGGGCUUCAGGACCCUAGACCUGGACCUGGAUGAAGUGUACUGCCUUAAUGACUAUGAGGAAGAUGAGACAGGUGACAUUUCUUACAAGGGCCUAACUACCUCGACGCCAGUUCAGCACACAGAGACCUCAGUACCUCAUCCUGGGAAGUGCAUGUCACAAACCAACUCCACCUUCACCUUCACCACCUGCCGCAUUCUGCACCCCUCCGAUGAACUCACACGAGUCACGCCAAGCCUUAACGCAGCACCUACUCCAGCUUGUGGCAGCAUUAGCAAUCUGAAAGGCACCCCGGUGGCUACUCCCUGCACUCCUCGGCGUCUGAGUUUGGCUGAAUCCUUCACCAACCUCCGGGAAUCCACAACCACAAUGAGCACGUCCCUGGGACUGGUGUGGCUGCUGAAAGAAAGGGGCAUCUCAGCAGCAGUGUACAAUCCACAGAGCUGGGACAGAGCCAGCAGGAGCACCCUGCUGAACACAUACUCCCCGAAAAUGGCAAUCAUUCCUUCCACUCCACCAAACUCACCCAUGCAGACACCUUCUUCUUCCCCUCCAUCUUUUGAGUUCAAGUGCACCAGCCCACCUUAUGACAACUUCUUGGCUUCGAAGCCGGCUAGUUCAAUCUUGAAGGAGGUGAGAAAUAAAAAGAACAUCAGGAACAGUGAGAGCCAGACUGACGUGUCUGUUUCCAACCUUAAUCUCGUGGACAAAGUCAGGAGGUUUGGUGUUGCCAAAGUUGUGAGUUCAGGGCAAACGUCAGCUGCUCCUUUAACUGAUGACCAGGGACCUCUUCUCUGUGGGGCACAGGGACCAGUGAGGGCCCUUGUUCCUGGAGGCCUGGCACCUGACGGUCUCCCCUUGGGCUGCCCUGCCGUGACCAGUGCCAUUGGGGGCAUCCAGCUAAACACUGGCAUCCGACGGAAUCGGAGCUUCCCCACCAUGGUGGGUUCCAGCAUGCAGAUGAAAGGCCCAACGUCCCUCACUUCAGGGAUCCUCAUGGGAACCAAGCUCCCCAAGCAAACUAGCUUACGAUGAAGGACUUUAUUUUUACAGCUAGUCUUUUUAAAUGAAAAUACUCAGAUUCUUUCUCCAAUCUCCUUUUCCUUUCCCUACCACCCCUUCAUUGCCUCUUGAGUUUGACAAAUCAACUUUGUGCCUAAUGGGAGAAAUGUGUAAACUUUGUAUAAAAUGUGUAAAUAUGUACCAGAUCUAUUGUAACUAAUUGGAUUAUUUUACUGUUCAAUUGAGUGCAAAAGGCUCUAUGUUAUGAUUGCUGUAUUAAGGUUAACUUGCUAACCUUUUGAAAAGUUUUUUUUUUAAGAUGCACUGAAAAAAAAAAGAAAGAGCAAAACCAACAAAAAAUAACUUGACUAGAAAAACGUGAAUUCUGUAGCUAGCCUAACUUGAGUCAAAGGUGCAUGGGAAGCUAUUGAAUGUGUUACGUGAGACCUCCCAUUACAUCACUUGAAGCAUGGGAGCAUUUGUGCUUCGUUAAAUACUGAAAAAAACACUCAGUUUAACAUAUGGUAGUUUUAAUUUUGCCUCUGUAGAUCAGUUGAGCUGAGUUAUUGGAGUGCCUGGCUAUUAUGCCUGAAUGGAUGAAACCUUAUUUUUAUUUUCCUGUUCUGUAUUUGCCUCCUGCCCAGGAUUUAUAAACUUGAACUAAUACUGUGUUGAGGUCAGCAGGCCUACUGGGUACCUGGGAUAUUGACAUAUUCCUACCACAGCUGUUUCCUUUGGCACACUUACACUUUGUGCAACUUCUUUCUUUGUUGUUCUUUUGUUCUGUUUUGUUUUGUUCUUCAGUGCUGCACUGGAUUGUGGAAGGGAAAAUGCUUUACUAUGUGUUGCUGCCACUGAAACAUGCUUUGUCAGUGCGCCCAAAGAAAACAGUUUUCACAACUUGUGAGGUAAACAUGGCAGUGACUUCCUAGAAGUCCCAGUUGCGGAACAGAUCGACAGAUAAGAAUGUUAUAAAAGAACAUGUAGCAAAACCAGUAUUAGGAAAAGGUGAGUCCUUGAAACCUCAGCAGAGAAGCACAGAAAACAUUUAGUAAGGGAAUGGUACAGGUGGAAAGAGCAGCUUGCAGCCCUCGUGCUGAUUUUCGUGUUUCAUGCAUGUCAGAGACCGUGGCCUUGAAAGCAGUGUGAGAAUAUUCUCCACCCAUUUUCUGUUUUAUUUUUUCAGAGAAACCUUCUUCAUCCAAAGUCGGACCCUAACAUAGGUAAAAGUAGGGGGAAUGCUUUAUUAUCGCAGUGUUUUUAAAAUGCGGAAAAUUCCCGCCAUACAAACCUAUAACCCUCUACUUUUUCAGAAAGGAAACCUAAGACUUCACGCAACCUUUAGCUGCCAGGCAAUCCUAAUUGUAUCGCAAUUUUUUCUCUGUUUCUCCCAACCUUAUGCUGGGUGCUUGUAGAAAGAGUUGAAAUACCUUGGAACUGGAACAGACUGGAGGGAACUUGUGUCUAGAGUGGAGCUGAGACAUAAAUAUUUUUUGGAAGAGGGGAUGGAGAGGAGCAAAACAGGGAGGGUUUAGCAUCCACUUUCCUUUCCUUGCACUUCAUGUGGUAUCAAAAGUCAAGCUCCCCGUUUGUUACCAUUGUCACACUACACAUAAUUGCCGUGAAUUGCCAUUUGUACCAGACUGUUACUAAAUUAUUAGCACUGAUAAUUUCUUGUAUAAAUGAAACUGUCUUCUAGUCUUUGUGACGAGAGAUAGGUGGGUGGUUUGUUUUUUUCUGAAUGAAGUAGUUAUUGCAGUAGUGCUAUGGACACUAAGGAUAUUUUUUGAGAAAGAAAAAAAAACACAUCGGUCAGUUACAGCAUGUGUUUGAAGACUUCUAUUUAUUCUAUGAACUUACAAUGUUUUAGUAAAAUGCCAUCAGCUCUGUUUGCUGUUGUAUGUGUGCACUUAUUGCAAGUAAAUUUAAGUAUCUUUUUAUUUGAAUGUAUCUUAAACCAGUAGAUAGAAUAACAGUUGAUUCUGAAAAAAAGUCAUGGACUUAAUGGACCAUUUUAUAUACCCAGAGGAAGAAAGCAAUACCAUAAGAGAACUUAAAGUGUAGAAGGUAAUCAUGCAAUUGGGAAAUAUUAUUUAGCCUUUAAAUAAGCUGUAGGAGCUGUCCACCCACCAGAGAAAGCAAUUGUAACACAUCAGAAUGAUGAAAUUUAAUUUUUUUCUUCACUAAUAUCAAUAAAAUAACAGAAAAGUU